UCAAAAUUGACAAAGAGUAUCCAGAAUCAACAUGAGUGGCACAGCAGGCCCUUCUUCAGAUUAAAAGACAAACGCAGAACCUUGCUGCACACAGGCAUCAAAGGAGUGAAAUGGAUUGAGUAGUCGACAUGUGGACCAAGCCGUAUCAAUGGCGUUCAGAGAGAACGGAGCAACCAACUACAUCUGCAUCCAGGGUAACGGCAUUACCGCCGGAGCAACGACGGAGGCGGCCAUGGCGGAGCGGGGGGUGGAGUCGGUCCUGUUCCGGGGGAAGAAGCUGAUGCCGCAGACCAACGACGAGCGGCUGGACGGCGUGGUGGAGCAGCUGGUGCGGGAUCCUCCGUGAUUCGGCCAUUGCCAUUCUCCACGGAUCUGGUCGUGGCCACAACCGACGCUGCCGGUUCCAUGAAGGAGCUCACCCCGGCCUUCUCCUCGUUUUCCUCCAUGGCCGGGUCUCCUGGUGGAGGUGCCGAUGCUGCCGGUUCCACAACGCAAGAGCCCGUGGCAACGCGACAAACUGAAGUUGUUCGCCGGCGUCGCACAGGGCGUCUUUGGCGUCGCAGGAAACCCUACCUUGGGGUUGGCACAGGGCAUCUCUGGCGUCGUAGGAAACCCCACCGCGGGGCUGGUGCAGGGAGUGGCCGACCAUCCCACCCUGCUGAAGCCGCAGGGCGUCUCUGCCAAGUCCAUGGUUGGCGAGUCCAAGGCCGUCUCUGUCCAGGCCUCCGUGGUCGAGGCGAACUGCACUAACAUCGAUGUCUGCCCUGAACUGUUUGCAUCUAAAAGCUCUUGUGACGAUGGAAAGUCUACCUCCAAGGGACCAAAAAAGGAAAUCGGUCCUAAAAGAUCUUCGCCUGACACAUCUACUCACGAUGACAGUGAAGUAUAUCAAGCUGGUGCUAAAAGAAGGACUCUUAACCCCUCUAUUCCUCAUAAGGAGAGCUUGGAAUCUAAAGAUUUUUCUGCAAAGUUUUCCCUGCAAAACUGAAGUUCAUGUCUCAUGUUUGGAUUAAUCACGGUGUAGUCUGAUGGUAAUUUGUCUACUUAGUGCAGUUUACGUAUUCUUCCACAACUUCAUUUAAUGCUUUCAGAGUUAAAGUUUUGGGGAUAGUUUGGAUGUUAUACCCAAGGCAUUAUAAUUGCUCUAUAUUAUUCUUAAUUUCAUAUAUCAUCACCUUAGACUACUCGAACUCUCGGCCAUGCUUUGUGAUCAUGUGCGACGAGCAUAUUGUUUGGUGCUGCUAUUUUCCAUUCGCUGCUGGGUUGCUUCUACUCUCCACCAAUCGGUCAAGUAGCAAAGAGUAGGUUUGACCUCAAUUUCGAUGCAGACAUGGAUUGGGAUGUGAUGCAUGUACUUGCUAAUUAAGGGAUUUGGAUCUUGCCCUCAAUUAGAGUUCCCAAUCUCAAUGAAGUGGGGUUUACGAAUUUUAUUAUUUUUUAGCUUGAAUGGACUGUAGCUUCGCUUAAUUGACUGACAGUUGUAUUUGACUGCAUAACUGGAUUAAUUGAUUUCAUGGCAGAUGCCGGUUUUGACCUUGGUUGAUCAUGCUUUGUUCCGUGUUUGGCCUGCAACAUAUUUUCUAUGCAUUCGCAGAAAUGGUAACUGAAUAAUUACUUCAUACUGCAGAACAUCUUGCUUAAUACCUGAGUCCCGGCCCUUGUUGCUACAGGUUUAUCUUGGACAUGAUUCUCAAAGAAGAUACAGAUGUGCAUGCUUCAUAUCUUCUACGCGCUUAUGCAAAGCAGGAUUUUAUUCAUAUUUUGAUGAGCUUAAUUUCUUAUGCUAA